AUGCUCGACAGUCCUGUCUUAUUCCCUGCCAUGCCCUACUCUCAGUCCUGUCUUAUUCCCUGCCAUGCCCUACUCUCAGUCCUGUCUUAUUCCCUGCCAUGCCCUACUCUCAGUCCUGUCUUAUUCCCUGCCAUGCCCUACUCUCAGUCCUGUCUUAUUCCCUGCCAUGCCCUACUCUCAGUCCUGUCUUAUUCCCUGCCAUGUCCUACCCUCAGUCCUGUCUUAUUCCCAUCCAUGUCCUACCCUCAGUCCUGUCUUAUUCCCAUCCAUGUCUUACCUUCAGUCCUGUCUUAUUCCCUGCCAUGUCCUACCCUCAGUCCUAUCUUAUUCCCAGCCAUGUCCUACCCUCAGUAUUACCCUCAGUCCUGUCUUAUUCCCUGCCAUGUCCUACCCUCAGUCCUGUCUUAUUCCCAGCCAUGUCUUACCUUCAGUCCUGUCUUAUUCCCUACCAUGUCCUACCCUCAGUCCUGUCUUAUUCCCUGCCAUGUCCUACCCUCAGUCCUAUCUUAUUCCCAGCCAUGUCCUACCCUCAGUAUUACCCUCAGUCCUAUCUUAUUCCCAGCCAUGUCCUACCAUCAGUAUUACUCUCAGUCCUAUCUUAUUCCCAGCCAUGUCCUACCUUCAGUCCUGUCUUAUUCCCUGCCAUGUCUUACCUUCAGUCCUGUCUUAUUCCCUGCCAUGUCCUACCCUCAGUCCUAUCUUAUUCCCAGCCAUGUCCUACCCUUAGUAUUACCCUCAGUCCUGUCUUAUUCCCAGCCAUGUCCUACCCUCAGUAUUACCCUCAGUCCUGUCUUAUUCCCUGCCAUGUCCUACCCUCAGUCCUAUCUUAUUCCCAGCCAUGUCCUACCCUCAGUCCUAUCUUAUUCCCAGUCAUGUCUUACCUUCAGUCCUGUCUUAUUCCCUACCAUGUCUUGCCUUCAGUCCUGUCUUAUUCCCUGCCAUGUCCUACCCUCAGUCCUAUCUUAUUCCCAGCCAUGUCCUACCCUCAGUCCUGUCUUAUUCCCUGCCAUGUCCUACCCUCAGUCCUAUCUUGUUCCCAGCCAUGUCCUACCCUCAGUCCUGUCUUAUUCCUAG